CGAAUGAAUAUUAUUUGCUUCUUCGAUUCCGCUGGAGGCGCGCAAUGCUACUGGCACAUCGGCACUGUCGUGGAUAACGGCGAUCUGCCACCGCCGUUCUAGACCUGAAGAUUAUGCAAGGCCGCCGUCGUCUGGUCCUGUUGGCAAUUCUGCAGGUCAUCUGCGCGCGUCGUGCCGCUGCUGGCUGCUGCUUGCUGGCUGCUGCUGGGGAAGGGUGGGUAAUUAGGGUGUAUGGAGUAUGGAUUGUGUCAUGUCAGUGUGUGUGUGUGUGUGUGUGUAUGCUGGCUGGUCCGCGGAGGAUUAAUGAUGACCUGUCAUUGUCAUCAUUGUUGAUAUUCUUGGUGAGGUGGAUGCUGAUAUACAGACUCAUUACUAUGAGUAGAAGUUGUACGGGUAUAAAAGCAGUAUAAGCUGCAUUAUUGGGGACGGUCGCAUGCGCACUGACAAGGAUAUCUUGAUUGCUUUCACCCGCCGUGACGUCACCGCCCGGCUAC